AGCGAAAUGAACUGAAAACACUAAUCCGCGUUUAUUUUGUUCCUGUGCAUUGACUAUAUCUGAGACUAAAAAGCUUUCUUGACUGAACCUUGCAAUCAUCGGCCUAUAGGAAGAGCGAGGAGAGGACAUGAGGGGGGAAACAGCACCUCUUCUUCACCCUGGAAGAGGGCAGGGAAAAAGGAGUGGAGUGAAUGAAGAGGAGGAGGAAGAGGAGGAGGAGGGAGUGAGGCUCUUCUCCUCUCUCUCUCUCUAAGAGCAUUAACUGUAGAGUGUUCUGGCGGUGACAGGGCUGUCAGGGUCAGAUGGCUGCUCAGCCUGAUUAGACCAGCUCACAGCAGAUCCUCAGCCCAGCACACCACACCGCUACAAGCGAGGUACAGCUCCGACCUGGCACGUACAGUACACUGCAGCGGUUACUGAGAGGCCAGGGGGGACAGGAGAGAGGUGGAGAGUUCAGUGUUAUAGUGGGGCAGAGCUACAGGUUGUUGCAUUUCAUUUUACUGCUGCUUGACUACCAUACAGUUCAGCUUCUAGUAGCAGAAAAAGACUAAAAGCAGGCGGACUUUGCUGUGAGAAAGAAGAACUCAUGUUUAGUCUGGUUGGAGAUGACAUUUAAUAGCAGAAUUGCUGGUUGAUGGAGUUUGUGCGGCGGAGUGGUGACUACUGCCACGCCCAACACAUUUAGACCCUGUCUGGGAUGAAGCUACACCAUGCAGUCCUGCGGCCCUGAAACCUGAAAGACCACUGGCCUUCGCCCUCUGAACCAGCCAGCUCAUGGGGUAACAAGUGGAGCCUCGACACUGAAAGCUAACCGGAGAGAGAAGGAAAGAGAGAGCUACUGAGAGACAAAGAGAGAAAAGGACUGGACAAAGAGAGAGAUAAAAACAAAGAGACGAACAGAGAGAGAGAGCUGACACUCUGUGGCCUCCUCAACUAUAGGAUACAGUCAACUGAUGGGGUAAUACAAGACAACAGGACCUCAGAUUUGGGAAAAUACCUUAAACGGCUAUAAACAGUCUCCCAAUAGGAAGUUCCACAAGGGAGAGGAAGUCCAGAGUCACCUGCAGACCUGAUAUAAGUUGAAGUCACAGCAGCUAACUGCUGCAGCUGGAGCUAAAGGUCAUCCUGGGAUGUCAAAGGUCACACUGGCAGCCAUGAACCGUCCAGCUCCAGUGGAACUGUGCCACAAGAACAUGAGAUUCCUGAUCACUCACAACCCAACAGACAGCACACUCAGUUCCUUCAUAGAGGACCUGAAGCACUACGGUGCCACCACAGUUGUUCGAGUCUGUGAUAUCACCUAUGAUAAAACACCAUUGGAGAAAGAUGGCAUUAAUGUGGUGGAUUGGCCAUUUGAUGAUGGAGCCCCGCCCCCCAGUAAGCUGGUUGAUGAUUGGUUGAGUCUGCUGAAGAAGAAGUUUCAGGAGGAUCCAGGAUGCUGUGUGGCUGUUCACUGUGUGGCCGGACUUGGGAGGGCUCCUGUGCUGGUUGCUCUGGCACUGAUAGAGAGCGGGAUGAAGUAUGAAGAUGCUAUUCAACUCAUCAGACAGAAUCGUCGUGGAGCCAUCAAUAGUAAACAGCUCACCUACCUGGAGAAAUAUCGAUCCAAGCAGAGACUCCGCUUCAAAGACUCUCACGCACACAAGAACAAGUGUUGCACUAUGUGAACACACACACACACCUUGUACUCCUCAACAAAUGCUCUCAGGAAUCCAACCAUACAAGCCUUGUGUCACUGUCACAAAAACUAAAAUAUACGGGAUUCAUUAGUCCAAGUGUACCCUGGGAAUUUUCUAAUGUUUUCAAGGAAAUUGUAUCAGAGCCCAUCUUUGUUCCCUUGUUUGUAUUGAUUUAUUGUCUUUUAAAGAUUUUAUUGGCAUGUUUGCUUCAUAAUAUAGUUUACAGUGAAAGAUGGCAAAAAUAGCUGAAGGACAGAAAAUAAUAUUUAAAAAAAUGUUAUAUGUACUUUAUUAGUACUACAGUUGGCUUAGAGAUAACGUGUUAAGGCUUCAAUCACAUUGAAGUAGCAUGCAACAUGUAGGACUGAUAUAUUAUACAUUAUGUAUUGGUCUUCAAAAGCAUUGAAUUUCCAUUAUUUUGUAAUGUAUGGUUAGUAUCUUCACCAUAAUCACAGUGUAAAAUUACACACAGUAUUUUUGUGUUUGUGUUAUGUCAACACUUUUUAAACAAUGUUGGUAGAGUAAAACUGAUACACCGAAACACAGGAAUAACAUCUUAAGAGCUCAGUAUUUUUACUGUAAAUUAGCAUCAAUACUUUAAGUUGACCCUCUAUUUUACAUUUUUCCUGUUGGGGUCUGCUGUCAGUGUAACAGGAGAUAAGGGCUCUUUUCCAUCCCAGCAUUUUCUACCAUUCAUCUACAAUCAGCAUUAAAAUGAGUUUCUAAAAUGCUAGAUAAGGCAUUUUGGUAAAAAUAACGCCUUCAUUUGGUUUUUGUCAAUGUCACUGUUUUAAUAUUACUUCAUUGUGCUCAAGUGUUUACAUAUCAGUGUGUGCAUUACAGCAUAUUUUGCUCUGUUUACUGACACCCACAUAAGGAAACAUCUUUGGUAACAGAUUUCAAGCCAGGUUUAAUAUGUAUUAUAAAAAAGGAAAGGUUAAUAAUUCUAUAGUAAUAAUACAUUACACAUUCUAAAAUGUAAACUAGUUGUAAAUAUUAAAUUUCUUACUUUUAUUCUCCUAGAAGUCAGGGUGAACUACUCCUCCUAUUCACUGACUACACAAAUGUGCAAAGAAAAUUAAAUCAUUGCAGGUAUUACAAAUAUAUUUUUUUAUUUUCCUGUAACUUUUCAUCUUAUCAUCCAAUGAUAUAUGAAUAAAUGGAGUAACAUGUCAAAUAGCACAAAUAUUGCUAUUCAUCAUCACAUCUUUUAAAUAAGAUUAUCUUAUACAUAUUUUAUUGUAGGGUGUAGUUUACUCAUUCAUUUGUGUUAUUCCUCAAGGAUGCAUGUAACCAACUGCUUCUGACACAGUUUUCAUUCAAAAUUGAUAUUUUUUGCUGAUAAUAGAGCAUGCACUUUUUAUGAAUUAGCAGACUGCUUGUGAUAGUCUUCUCAUCUGUGUUAUGAAAAACAUGAUGUCCUGAACAACAAUUUGUGAGAAAGUGAUGAGAAGUACAGAAGCAGCAGAGAUGGAGAAGAGAGGAAAGAGGAUCUACCAUCUUUACCUGAGAGCUUUUCCUUUUUUUAACAAAUUGGCUACAGUUUACUUGUUCAAGUGUGUGCGUGUGUUUGUUUGAGUGCAUGUGUUUGGUAGUCUUUAGCUAUUUGGGACUGCCCUGAGCUGACACUUUUUUUUUGUAUGUAAAAAACAAAUGCUGUAAAUGUCUGUCUGUAAAUUCUUGCAUUGUUUAAUAAAGGUUUUGUCAUUGUCCCUAUCUUAA